AUGUGUGCAUAAUGUGUUGAUGGGGGGAGAUGUGAGAUCUCAGCAAUGGUGCUGUGUGUUUUCCGAGCUGUGUGACUUGACACUGGGAAUACUCUCACUACUUAUCACAGACAGAAAGCCCCCCCAGACUUCCUAAAGGCUAACCUGCCUCACUCAGAUCCACUCAGUGCAAACACUGACAAGAGGAUGGCAGAACUGGAGGCUUUUGAACUUGGAUCACGACAUGAUGUGAGGUCAAUUCCUGAUAUUCCUGAACAAGUUCUGCAUACUUUUGGAAGCUGUAUUCUUAUAAUUGGCACAGUGGGCAUAGCAGGAAACCUUCUAGUUCUCUAUGCAUUUUACAGUAACAAGAAAUUGAGGACUGCUCCCAACUACUUUAUAAUGAAUUUAGCAGUCAGUGAUUUCCUCAUGUCAGCUACCCAAGCCCCAGUGUGCUUCCUUAACAGUUUAUAUGGGCAGUGGAUACUUGGAGACGUAGGGUGUAAUGUGUAUGCAUUUUGCGGUGCAUUGUUUGGAAUAACUUCUAUGAUGACUUUAUUGGCCAUUUCCGUGGAUCGAUACCUGGUUAUCACCAAACCUCUGCAAUCAAUACAGUGGUCUUCCAAAAAACGGACCCUGCAAGUUAUUGUUCUUGUCUGGCUAUACUCAUUAAUGUGGAGCUUGGCACCCUUACUUGGUUGGAGCUCGUAUGUUCCUGAAGGCUUAAUGAUAUCAUGUACGUGGGACUAUACAACAUAUACUGCAUCAAAUAGAAGUUAUACCAUGAUGCUGUGUUGUUGCGUUUUCUUCAUUCCUCUCAUCGUAAUAUCACACUGUUAUCUUUUCAUGUUCCUGGCUAUAAGAAGUACGGGCAGGGAUGUUCAGAAACUUGGAUCAUGUGGUCGUCAAUCGUUUUUGUCACCAGUGAUGAAAAAUGAAUGGAAGAUGGCAAAAAUUGCCUUUGUAGUCAUCAUAGUCUAUGUUAUGUCUUGGUCUCCUUAUGCUUGUGUCACUUUAAUAGCAUGGGCUGGUCAUGGAAAAUCAUUAACACCCUACUCCAAGACCAUUCCUGCAGUUAUUGCCAAAGCAUCAGCCAUUUAUAAUCCUAUUAUCUAUGGAAUAAUUCACCCAAAAUACAGGGAAACAAUUCACAGGAAUAUGCCAUGUCUUCGCUUUAUAAUCAGAAUAUCAAAGAAAGAUUAUAUGUCAACUAACAAUUUUGAGUCUUCGGUUCGAGGCUCUAUUUACAGUCGUCAUUCUAUAGCCACAAGGAAAAAGAACAGCUGUAUUUCAACAGUUUCUACUGCAGAAACAGUGCUGAGUGAUGUAGAACAGGAACCGGUUUACAAAAGUUUACGUCUUCAAAGAAGCAAUUCUUUCUCUUCGAGUCACAAGCAGAAACAGAAAGGGGCGAUACUUUUGAAGGCCUGGAGCUGCAAUGCAUUACAGGAAGAAAAGGUUCUACCAACUCUACGUAUCCUGGAAAAUUCGCUAAGAAAACCUGAUGUCCGCAGUACUCAAGAGAUUCUUCUUACAAGAUCUCUGAAUGCAGUUACCUUUCCCAUUGGAUUAGAACCUGUUGUGAAAGAUGGUAUUUCAAAUAUUUCUCAGUUCCAAACCCGUGAACAUGAUGUGAAUGAUGGCUUGGAAUGGAUUGUCCGUGCUACAAUCCCACGAAUUGUCAUUAUUCCUACUUCUGAGAGUAGCAUCUCUGACAUACAGGAAAAUCAAGAUAAUGGUUUAGACCAAAAAAAUGAAGAGGAGGAUGAAGAUGAUGAGGAUUUUUUCAAUUUCCACCUUGACACAAGUUUGUUGGACCUUGAAGAAUUAACCUCUUCCACAGAUCUUUUUGAAGCAGUUGAGAAGUUUCUAUCAUAAACAUAAAUGUUAAAAAUUGCAUUUUCAAAUGAGCCACACAUGCUAUAAAUUGUUCAUAUGCAAUAGGCAGGGCACCUAGUCAUAUAUUUCAGAUACUUUGCAACCAUUUACACAAAUGCGCAGCUAUUUAAUGAUGAUAACUCUAUUUUCUUAAUGAUUUAUCUCUAGCUUUAAUAGAGCACACAGCAUCUUGCCUAUAAUUUAUGUUUUGGUUGUGUAACAAAGCCAUAGGCAAGCAACUUUUUAUGAUCUUUACCACUUAUAAGAUGUCAAACAAACUUUGUCAAAUGGAUAUUUUUUGAGAUGUUGUCAAUAUGAAUUUCCUUUUGCACUAAAAUUAAUAUGUUCUUCCUCUUAGUGAAAAUAUAUUUAGUUAAAGGAAUGAAUAAAAAACAAUGGUUAACGCCUUUCUUUUGGAUGAUUGGAACAAUAACAAUGUGAUCACUAGUUCUCACUGUCCAAAAACUAAUUAAAAACAAAUCGAUUAAAAAAUAUAUUUGUUUUUAAAUCUUUAAGUCAAUAAAUACUCAUGGUAUUAAAUGAGAGUGUAGUGUAAAACAUUAGAAUUUAUGUAACAAUAUGAGAUGGUUCAGACCUAUUGGUCUAUCUAUAAUCUAAUUCAAAGUAUGUUCCAAAGGAACACUCCAAGCACCAUAACCACUACAGCACACUGUAUUGGUUGUGGUUUCAAGAAUACCCUGGCACCCUCCCCCAUAUUUUACGGAGUCAAUAAUUUUCAGAAUGUUUUGGAACUAUUUAAGAACAGUUUGAAUGGUUUAGCUUCUUACCUGGGGUCCACCGGGUGCUGCUCCUCACCUCCACUACAACGCAGUUAGAGCACAAAGCUCUUGUCACUGGUGGUGCAAAGCUUAACUCAUAGUAUUCUCAUAAGAGCUAAAGGUAGAUCCUGAGCAGAUGCUCCUGGCUCUCAUUAAGCUGUAGAGGAGGAGGAGGGGUAUGGCG